UUUGCAAAGCUCUGCUGCUUACCAGAAGUCUGCCUACAGACAGAAAGAUGGCAUUUAAUGGUACUUGGAAAAUAGAGAAAAAUGAAAACUAUGAAAAAUUCAUGGAAGCAAUGGGCGUUAAUGUGAUGAAAAGAAAGUUAGGCGCCCAUGAUAAUCUGAAACUCACUAUUCAGCAAGAUGGAAAUAAAUUUUUUGUCAAAGAAUCAAGCAACUUCCGUACCAUCGACAUUGAAUUCACUCUGGGAGUCAGCUUUGAAUACAGUCUGGCUGAUGGGACUGAACUUUCAGGUUCUUGGAACCUGGAAGGAAAUAAACUCGUAGGAACGUUUACUAGAAAAGAUAAUGGAAAAGUACUCACAGCAUACAGAGAAAUUGUAGGCAGUGAACUCGUUCAGACCUAUGUGUACGAAGGAGUUGAAGCCAAGAGAAUCUUCAAAAAGGAGUAAAUCCUUUACCCAGAACAGCACUGGAAUCAAAAUCCUGUUUUUAAAAAAAGA